UAUCUCUGAAGGAACGCUUAGUAUCACUCUGCAUGCACUCGAAAGGAAGGAAUAGCUCAAUGCGUUGCUGGGGACCUCUAUAAAUUAAGACUAGCUGUUCAGAAGUUGAUGGAGUUCCUUGGGCAUUUGGAUCAAACUAGAGAAAGCAUUAUUAAUCAUUAUAUUGCAAGGAAAGAAAGCAAAAACAGAAAUAUAUAGCACGGAUUGAUUGAUGAUCGGAGUGUACUUAUGCUUGACUCUUCUACAACCAAGAAGUGGUCCUAGCUAGACAUAUAUAGGUUGUGCAAUAUAUAUAAUGGAGAAUAACUUGGUGAAGCUCUUUAAUGACUGGGAAAUUCAGCUGCUAGUGCUUCUAAGUUUCGCAAUACAAAUAUUCCUCUUCUUUACCGGUGGGCUACGCCUGUAUGGCACCAACGUACUCAUUAGUCUGUCCAUUUGGAUAGCUUAUUUGGGAGCAGACACGGUAGCAGUUUAUGCCCUUGGCUACCUGUCAAGGCAAGAGGAGGAUGCCCACAGCUUGGCUUUCUUCUGGGCACCCUUCCUCCUCAUCCAUCUUGGAGGACAGGACACGAUCACCGCAUUUGCCCUGGAGGACAACAACCUGUGGCUGAGGCAUCUGUUGAAUUUGGUGGUUCAGGUUAUCCUUGCUGUGUAUGUUUUCUGGAAGUCCAUGUCCAUCAGAAGACGACACAGCGUGGCGCUUCUAGUUUCAGGCGCAUUUGUGUUUGUAGUGGGAGUAAUCAAGUAUGGAGAAAGGAUAUGGUCUCUCAGGUGUGCCCGGUUUGAAAGCCUGGAGGAGUCUUCUGGAUGGGAGUACGAGCGUGCUCGGGCACAGGUAGCGUUUGCUUCAAUGAUGGAGGCUGAAAGCUCAGGGUUUGGCUUUGAGGAUGAUGACUCCCCUCCUGUGCAAGAAGAGACAACAAACGACGACGACGACCACCACCAUGCUGCUGCUGAUGACUACGGCAGCACUCUUUUGGACGCUUUAGUUCGAAUGCCACUAGUUUUUUCUAUUUUUGUCUCUCGUGCAUCAGUGAUGUUUCACGGAAGUAUAUCCCUAGAUACACAUUUGUCGCAUUUGGAGAAGUCGCAGAGGCUCAAGUCGCUGGAGAUUUGUCUUGGCCUAAUGUACGAUGAUCUCUACACCAAGGCUCUUGGGCUUAGAACACUGAGAGGUGUUGUGCUUCGGUGCGUCUCUCUGGUAUGUGCACUGGUUGCUUUCGUGGUGUUCGUCGCAUGCGACAGGAGAAGGUAUGGCACAGUUGACACAGCAAUCACCUACUCAUUAUUCAUUGGAUGCCUUCUCCUGGAAGUAUGUGGCUUGGUUAGGCUCAUGGCAUCACCAUGGACAUGGGCGUGCACAUGGGCAUUGCAGAAGGUUCUUAAGCUUCGCGUCAAGCUCAACGAGUUCAGCUGGUUUCUUCUUUCCAGUGACCUCACUGGGUGGUCGCAGAAAAGGCCACUGUGGUCCAAUGCAAUGGGACAGUACAACUUCUAUGGUUGGUUGACAGGCAGGGGCAGUGAUAGGCAAGACAAACAACCAAGGUACUCUUUCAGCCAGCGAUGCAUGGCCCUGGUCAGGAGGUUGGCAACAUUACUUGGCCUUGGAAAGGAGAAAAUAUUUUUCAUAAGCAAGCUAUUGGACACAGAGCAUGUCAAGGUGGAUGGGUUGCUAGAAUGUCUGGUAGACGGGGUCGAUCGCUUCGUAUUCCCGUUCGCAUACCGAAGCAGAGAAUUACCAAAUCUUGGCGCUAUUUUUAGAGACCCGCGGUUCUUGGACGUCGGUUUUGGUAGUACUAUCCUCAGUAUGCAUGUGCUGACGGAGCAACUCCUGUGUAAAUCUGCCCAGCACCCGGACGUGGAGGCAAAUGCUGCUGCUGCUGCUGCUGCAGCAGCUCAUACUAGUAGUAUUAAUCUUUUGAUGGAGGAGUGCAGGAAACUGUCCCGCUAUAUGAUAUACCUCAUCGUUGCUUGCCCUUCCCUGCUACCUCUUCAAGACAGCUCGGUAGCGAUGCUAGAACAGUGGCAACAGCAUCAAGGUCAGAUUUGGCUGCGGGAACAGCAUAAUACGGCAAACCCUAUCGAAGAAUUGGUAACCCCACUCCGGCUAGACAAGGAGACACUAGAGGAGAUCAAGGAGGUGUGGAUACGGCUCAUCAUCUAUGCCGCCAGCAAGUCAGAGCCUGAACAGCACGCGGCGCAGCUGGCCAGAGGAGGAGAGCUCCUCACCUUCGUCUGGCUGCAGCUGCGCCUCAAUCUAUUUGGUACAUCCAGCAGGAUAGAGCUCACUAACAAGCCUUCCAUCUACGAAACCUUCUACGCCCUGCAUUUACCGUCUGAACGUUCGGACUCUGCUCCUACCUAGGAGCUUCUUACUGUGUGUUGACUUCACCUAUCCGGGAGAUAAAGAGUGGGGCGCGGGAUCAGACUCCACGCAGCUUCAUCUGAUGACAUGCAUCGAUCCUACACAAAUCAUAUAGGAGUAGUAUGAAAUGGAUCUUUCUUUAUUCCUGUAACUGAAAGUAUGUUUUACAGUCUAUGUAACAUUCAUCUGUUGUUGUACAGAUGACAAUAUAUCUGUGAUCUUGUAAAAUACUAUAAACAAAAUUUGCUAUAGGAUACUGAAAGUGA